UCUCUAGUUGUGGCAGACAGGCUGUAGAGCCAGCAUACAGGCUCAAUAGUUGUGGUGCAUGGGCUUAGUUGCCCAUUGGCAUGUGUGAUCUUAGUUCUCUGACCAAAGUUCGAACUCAUGUCCCCUGCAUUGGAAGAUGGAUUCUUAACCACUGGCCUAUCAGGGAAGUCUCUUGUGUGUUUUUAAAAGAGACCUCAGAGAGCUCUCUAGCCCCUUCCUCCAGGUGAUGAUAUAAUGAAAACUCUAUGACUCAGAAAAAGACCUUUACCUAACCACCUUGAUCUCACACUUCAGCCUCCAGAACCGUGAGAAAUAAACUUCUGUUUAUAAGCUACCCAAGCUGUGGCAUUUUGUUAUAGCAUCCCCAAAUGACGAAUUCGUACAUCUACAUUAACAGAAAACAAUGUAUACAUAUGUGACUUGUGACAUUAAUAACAUGUAAUUAAUGUGUAAUGUAAUUGGAGAUGUAAUAGAGAUUUUGCGUGUGAUUAAAAUUAUGUUGAUAUCAGUUUAAGCUAGUUUGAUAGGAUUUUAUAUGUAACCUCCUUGGUAUCCACAAAUUGAUUAUCUAUAGAAUAUACACAGAAGGAAAUUAAAAGUAAGUCAAGUCAGUGGACUACCCUGGUGGUCCAGUGGCGAAGACUCCGCGCUGUCAAUGCAGAGGGCCUGGGCUCAAUCCCUGGUCAGGGAACUAGAUCCCACAUGCCACAACUAAGAGUUUGCAUGCUGCAAAGAAGAUCAAAGGUCCCCCAUGCCACAACUAAGACCUGGCACAGCCAAAGAAAUUAAUUUUGAAAAUGAGUACAAAAAGUAAGAACAAAGGACGUCAGUAUGUGAGAAAAUGUGGGACAGAAAAGCUAUAUGACAUUACAGAAAACAAAUUGGCAAUUAAAUGUCAUUCCAUAUCAGUAAUUUUUAUAUAUAUAUAUAUAUAUAUAUAUAUGUCUUAAACUCAUCAGUUAAAAAACAAAGAUGUCCCCAGCCUUUUUCUGGCAUCUGGUCCUGGAGGGGCUGCUCUGAAGACAGGCGAGCAGCAGGGAGGCCCACGGCAAAUCCCAGCCCAAUGCGAGCUGUUCGUCAUUUUCCCGGGACAGCUCCAGGGUCUUGGUGUCUAGAGAGCUGCUGAUGGAGGGCAGGGGCGGCCGCGGAGGUAUAUGGGACAGGUUGCUCAUCAACUCCAAGCGUAAUUCCAGAAAGAAUUCCACUCUUCAAACAGUUCGGAUAGAGAGGAGUCCCCUAUUGGACCAGGUACAGAGCUUUCUCCCACAGAUGGCUCAGGCAAACAAAAAGCUAAGGAAAGGAAUAUCAACUGCACCACCUGGUCAUUUCAAUAUUGAAAAUAUUGACACUCUCGGAAAAGUUAUGCAAAUGGAUAUGACCUUGUUUGAGAUUAAUCAGUCUGAUUCAAAAGAAGAUGACAGUUCACAAGAGAAUUCACAAGACAGUUCAGAGGACAGUUCAGAAUUUGAGGAUGAAGAUGAUAGCACCUCUUCUGAAGGUGAAGUCACCAUCGAUACAAUUAAGCUUCCUCAUUCAGAAGAUGGAAAAGGCAAAAUAGAGGUUCUGGACCGUCCUGCCAGUGAAUAAAAGAAAACAGGGACAUAAACAAUCUGAGAAACAGGUGAUAGUUCCCGCUAAUUCUGUGGAAAAGAAUGUGGCUUGCUGGUUAUUUUGCAUUUCGGAUACCUAUGGUGUUUGUUUGCAAAAAUGAAUGUAUUUUGCUUCUUGGAGAAACAGAAGCUAGCUUUUAAAGAGUUGGAAGAGAUAGCAUUUGGGGACUCUUCUAAGAGCAGACUGUUUUUGAUCUCAUGCUAAAGAGGUUUAGUUUAGAAAGCUUAACUUUAUGUAUGGUGAUGAGUGAAUUUGUUGGCAUCCUCUUUCAUCAGCAUAGACUUCAGAAAUCUCAAACUUAUUUUAAAGUAAAAAUACAAGUUACCCAUUUGUUUUUGUUUUAAAUUGGCCUCUUGGGGCUUCCCUGGUGGUGCAGUGGUUGAGAGUCCGCCUGCCAAUGCAGGGGACACGGGUUCAUGCUCCGGUCCAGGAGGAUCCCAUAUGCAUGGAGCGGCUGGGCCCGUGAGCCAUGGCCGCUGAGCCUGCGCAUCCGGAGCCUGUGCUCCGCAACGGGAGAGGCCACAGCAGUGAGAGGCCCGCGUACUGAAAAAACAAAACAAAACAAAAACUUAGGUUGGGUUUCUUUUUAGGUUAUUAUAAAGUCAUAUUUAUUUUUUACCAUCAAAAUGGGUUCAUUGAGGGAGAACUUUUUUUUUUUUUUAACAUCUUUAUUGGAGUAUAGUUUCUUCACAAUGUUGUGUUGGUUUCUGGUCUGUAACAGAGUGAAUCAGCUAUAUGUAUACAUGUGUGCCCAUGUCCCCUCCCUCUUGCGUCUCCCUUCCACCCUCCCUAUCCCACCCCGAGGAAAAACUUUUUUACAAAGAAAAGAAUUAUAUUUAGAUGCCCUCAGACAUAUCUACUUUAAUUAAAAAAAAACAAAUCCUUUCCAGUUUGAGCUGGAAAACUGGUGCUCUGUGGUUUAAUCACUGUCAGUGACUCUGUAGCCUCUCAAUGGAUGUAAAAUUUGCUGGUUGGAAAAUUUUGUGGUUUUUUUGGGUUUUUUUCUUUUUCUCAUAAAGGAAUUUUUUGUUUGUUUCAGCUAAUAAAAUUAUUCCUUCCAGUUGCCCACAGUUUUGAAACCUAUUAAUUGUAGAGAAUAGGAACACCCCAGGAAAAUAGGGCACAGUACAUAAAGAGGUAGUAACAGGUUUUCCCUUUCAAAAGGCAAAAUGAUCCUGCAUUGGAGUUGCCUUUCUGCCACAUUCUUGAUCUUAUUUAACUUGUUUGGGACCUCAUCUGCCAUGGGCCUGGCUUUGCUCAGGAUAUAGACCUGAGAAUUUAAAGGACUGUCUCCAAGUGCAUUGAGCUGAUGAGACUUUGUUGCCUAAUAUUUUAGGGGUUUGUUUUAAUUAUUUUUUCCUACUCCUCUCAUUAGCUUAUAACAUCUUGUAAAUACGCUGAAGAUAAUUCUCCAAGUUCCUUCUGGUAUUUUUCAUUGGGAAUUGGAAAUCGGCUGUGCACUCAAAGUAUGCAGAAGUGAACAGAUCUGGAAACGAGACUUCUCAGCUGCAAAGGGUAUACUUUGUAGCACCAAACACAGCUGUGAUGGAUUACUGGUGUGAAUAUUUAAGGAUUGUCUUCUACCAGAUAAUAUUCAUGCCCCAUUGUGGGAAGAGUUGUAUUUGUCUGGUUCACUCCUUAGCUUGGUGCAUGGUACACAGUAGG